AUGUCUGUGGGCCUCAGGCAGUGCAAGAGCAGUAUAAAAGCAGGUCCUUCUUCUCACUCUCUCAUCCACUCCUCUCACCUCCAUCUCCUUCAGUACAAGGUGCAUCUCCAGCCCCAAGCCAUGUCCUGCUACACCCCGUGCCGGCCCUGCCAGCCCUGCGGCCCCACCCCGCUGGCCAACAGCUGCAAUGAGCCCUGUGUCAGGCAGUGCCAGGACUCCACCGUGGCCAUCCAGCCCUCGCCCGUGCUGGUCACCCUGAGGAGUAUAAAAAUGGGCCCUUCUCCUCACUCUCUCAUUCACUCCUCUCUCCUCCAUCUCCUCAACAACAAGGUGCAUCUCCAGCCCCAAGCCAUGUCCUGCUACACCCCGUGCCGGCCCUGCCAGCCCUGCGGCCCCACCCCGCUGGCCAACAGCUGCAAUGAGCCCUGUGUCAGGCAGUGCCAGGACUCCACUGUCAUCAUUGAACCCUCGCCCGUGCUGGUCACUCUGCCCGGCCCCAUCCUCAGCUCCUUCCCACAGAACACCGCCGUGGGAUCCUCCACCUCUGCUGCCGUUGGCAGCAUCCUCAGCUCUCAGGGAGUGCCCAUCAGCUCUGGGGGCUUUGGCCUCUCAGGCUUGGGCAGUGGCCUCUGUGGCACCAGGUGCCUCCCCUGCUAGAGCUGCUGGCCAUGGCCCUGGGCAAGGAAGCCAGGGACUGCCAGGAUGGAAGCGCCCUGGGGACGCAGCAUCGGCUCUUUGCUUCCCCAGGGGCUGAGCAACCCCAGCAGCUCCUGCAGCAGGAUGGGGCCAGCCUGGGCCCUUGGCAAGCACAGCCCAUCCCUGCCUCUGCCCUCUGCCCUCUGCCCCUCUGUCCUUUCCCUCCUGUGUCC